AAUCUGGCAUCUCUGGUUGGGACUGCUUCUGAGCUGGAUUUACUGGAGCGUCAUUUCGGUUUUUUUUGCCGUUGUCCACAAGAAAAGAUCGACGCUGAUUAUUUCGACGGUUGUUUCCACCUUAUUUGAAGUGUUUCAAUAUCAAAGUAAAUAACUAUUUAUUUCCAAUGUCGGAACCGGAUUUUAGCAACCCAACUUUGAUGGACGACCUGAAGCAGGAAUAUGAGGAUUCAUUCGACAACGAUGGACAACCAAUCCAAGAUUAUUGCGACGAUGGGGUUGAACAGGAGGAUGAUAACCAAGCUGGCAGUUCUUUUAAUGAUUCCACUGCCCUGGCUAGCACUUCGACAGAGUAUCAAAUGCAGCGAAAAUAUACAUUGCAGGAUUUGCAUCCUACAUUGAAGGAUCCUCGCUGUGACCCGAACUGGCCGCUGGCGAAUCUCUGGCCCGUGUUUGUGAGCAAUUUUCGCUGUGCUGAUGUCACGAAGCUAGAUUUUUCACUUCGGAGAUUCUUUGCCUCCAAAGGGCUGUUCGUACGCUGGUGGUUUCAACAAACGGAUGACUAUUAUCGGGAGUUCCAGACACGUGCUGGAUUGUAUGACAUGUUAGUGUAUUUCGUUUCAGAAAAGGACGCCCAACUGGCUAUUGAACGAUGUAAUCGGACCAUAUUCGAAGCCUACACGCUAAAUGUGUUGGACGGGCGUGAACCAGUCUACUUUCCAGCGGAUCGUACCAUUUACUUUAAAAAUAUGAAAUCAGGUUUUGUGUUCAGCCAACAAUUUUUCGAGAAGCACAUGGCCCGCUACGGUCAUGUUGUGUGCGCAGUAAAAUAUGACAUUAAAACCGGAGCGGUAGAAUACCGCGGUACGCAAGGUAAGCACAAGGCUCGAAAUGCCCAGCGCUUAUGGAAUGCAGUUCCUGUGCCCAACGAUUUAAAGAAACAGCGAUAUCUGGAAGAUGAUUUGCGACAUAAUAUUCAACAGUGUCUUCAAAACUAUCCCGAUGUACUUAAAGUGAACGAGAAUGAUGCAGUAACACGCUGGGCACUAGGUGACCCCAAUGAAUCUUUGCUACUACAAUCACACAACACUGGUCGACAAUACGUUGCUAAACCGCUACGAAGAGGACCAACAAAAUCCCAAACCAUAAAGAUUCAGAGUAGAAAUGAUAAAAAAGCGCAACGUAGAAUCUAUGAAGAUUUACGCGCCGGUGUGCAGCCGAGAUGUUACCAGAAAGCAAAGACCGCCAAAAAACGAUUUCGCAAAAUGCUUGAAGCGGCCAAGCAAGAAAUGGGAAUGAAUACUGGUUCUCCAACAGGACCUUAUGAGUUCUGCCUAUAAUUCAGUCAAGGAUGUACAUCACUAAAUGGAAGAAACAUCAUAUUUUGCAUAUUAUAUAUUGUUAAAUGUCGGUUUGUUUAAAUUUCUCAGAGAGGAUCUAUUGGAAAGUAUCCUCGAGCCAAUUUAUGUAUAAAUUCAUUAUACAUGGCGUUUUUUGAACAGCAUAAUUUAAAAAAAAACAUGCUUCUAUUUGAAUUCAACAGAAUUAUAUUCAAGCCGUUUUCAUUCAUCCACGAUUUGUUUUGUUUAAAAU